AUGGCGCAGUAUCCUUGCAACGAAGAGGGAGUGUGCAUGCGCUGCAAUCUGAAGCCUCCGGUGGAGACUGAGUGCCUCUUGUGCAGCACGUGCGGUACGCCUUGGCACGUGGCUUGUCUCUCGUCCCCUCCCAAAACCCUAGAAUCGACUCGGGAGUGGGAGUGCCCCGACUGCUCCGGCGAAGAUGAUCCCGUCCCGGUUUCCGGAAUCGCCGGAGUUGAUUCCAACCGCUCUGUCCUUGUUGCAGCGAUCCGUGCGAUCGAGGCCGAUGAGUCCUUGACUGAGGCGCAGAAAGCGAAGCAGAAGCAGCAGCUGGUGAGCGGCAAAGUCGAUGAAGACGAUAACGACGAGGAGGAGAAGGAAAACGAAGGGGGAAAUACCGGUGAAGAUGUCGAUGUUUUAGCUGCUCUUCGUCAGAGUUUCAUGUGUGUUAUCUGCCGCGAUUUGCCUGAAAGGCCAGUCACGACACCGUGCGGGCACAAUUUCUGCCUCAAGUGUUUCCAGAAAUGGGUUGCGCAGAAGAACCCUACUUGUGGGAAAUGCCGUACUGCAAUUCCAAAGAAGAUGGCAAACAACCCUCGCAUUAACGACUCUCUGGUCUCUGCCAUUCGUCUGGCGAGGGUUUCCAAAUCUGCUCCUGUGGGCGGCACUGCCAAAGUGUAUCACUACGUCAGCAACCAGAACCGUCCUGACAAGGCUUUCACUACUGAGCGGGCUAAGAAGACAGGGAAAGCCAACGCAGCUAGCGGCAAGAUUUACGUGACUAUUCCUCAGGAUCACUUCGGUCCCAUUCCAGCUGAGAACGAUCCAAUCAGAAACCAAGGCGUCUUGGUUGGGGAAUUUUGGGCAGACAGACUUGACUGUAGGCAGUGGGGAGCUCACUUCCCACACGUUGCUGGCAUUGCUGGGCAAGCAGAAUAUGGAGCUCAGUCAGUGACACUCUCUGGAGGCUAUGCAGAUGAUGAGGAUCACGGAGAGUGGUUUCUCUACACUGGAAGUGGAGGAAGAGAUUUGAGUGGGAACAAAAGGACCAACAAGGUUCAGUCUUCUGACCAAAAGUUUACAUCUUCAAAUGAAGCUCUCAGACUUAGCUGCAAAAUGGGAUAUCCUGUCCGAGUUGUCAGGUCUCACAAGGAGAAGCGAUCUGCUUAUGCACCUGGGGAGAAAGGAGUAAGAUACGAUGGUGUUUACAGAAUAGAGAAAUGCUGGAGGAAAGUCGGAGUUCAGGGUAAAUAUAAGAUGUGUCGUUACCUGUUUGUCAGGUGUGACAACGAGCCAGCUCCUUGGACUAGUGAUGAGCAUGGUGAUCGUCCAAGAGAUUUGCCUAACAUUCCAGAGCUCAAGAUGGCCACUGACCUGUUUGAGAGAAAGGAAAGCCCAUCAUGGGAUUUCGAUGUUUCCGAGGGUCGAUGGAAGUGGAUUAAGGCUCCACCUGCUAGCAAAAAGAAGGUCGCUGCUAUGGAUCCUGAGGAGAGGAGGAAUAUGAAGAGAGCCAUAAAGGCUGCACGAAACAACUCUGUGAGAGACCAACUUUUGAAAGAAUUUAGCUGUACCAUCUGCCGGGAUGUCAUGAAUGUUCCGGUGACAACUCCUUGCGGUCAUAACUUUUGCAAAGGGUGUUUAGAAGGGACCUUCGCUGGGGUUUCUCAUGUGAGAGAGAGGAGUAGAGGCGGACGCACUCUCCGAGCUCAGAAGAACGUGAUGAAGUGUCCUCGCUGCCCUACUGACAUUUCUGACUUCCUUCAGAAUCCUCAGGUGAACAUAGAAGUGAUGAACAUGAUAGAGGCGCUGAAGAAGAAAGCGGAGGAGCCAACCCCAAUCCAAGAAGUUGGAGAAAGCUCUGGAACCGCAGGUGAAGAAAACAGCUCUGGAGAAGAAGAAGAGUCUCAGAUGGUUGGCUCUGAGGAUGAGCCACCACCUAAGAAGAAGAAGCUAUCUGUGUGA